AUGCGUGGUUCACACGAGCCAGCUACGGCGCCUGGGCGCGCGCGCGCGUUCGGGAUCGACAAGCAGCGGCAGCGGGCUUUCGCGCUGCUCAGCGAGAUGGCAGAGGUAGAGCUUGGUCCUCGCGCCGUCUACCCUGCGAUGCCAGGAGUCACGCGUGCGAGUGGGAAGCCAGUGGCAGCAGGCUGCUUUGACGGAUGGCGCACGCAGGGCGAACAAAUGCCGCCUCCCCUUCCGCUCGUUUCCCCGUCCCCCCCCCUCAGCAUUCAGACUUCCAGCCUCCAGCUUGCGACCAUGAAGAUCUUCGUGUGA